CAACAAUCAGAUUGUGCGACUUGUUAGUUGAUCGUUCUAUUCAAUGAAGUGGACAUGGACAUGGCCAUGGAAACGGUCCAGAAAAGACCAAAAGAACUUCGAUCUGGAAGCCGACCUGCGAACCAGCAGCAAAGAGAGCUCCGUGUCCGAGAAUCGAACCACGGAAGCUGCGACCGCACGCUCUCCGAGCUUUCGCGCGGCGGAGACCGAGGCCGCGGGGGCGGAAGAGCACUGCGUGGACCUCGAACUGGAACUGCACACGAUUGCCAGGCAGUCGUCUCCUAGACACGACAUCGAGCGUUCUCCAGGCUCCCCAUCGACCGUGCGUUCGACGGGUGAAGACCACCGGUUCGAUGCACGGAGCAGAGAUGGAAGUGAAGGAAGAGACGAAGGCGACACGGAGGAGACAUGGCAUUGUGGACUGACGUGUUGCAGGCAGAUGGAUCAGAUCUCGAGAAGGAGACAGCCAGCGAGUCUGGUAAGCACGGGAGUGCAAACGGACCCGGAGCCGAAGCCCAAGGAGUCCCGAACGGAAGAGUUUGACUUCAGUCGAUUGGUACACCUUGCGGAACAGCGACGUCUUCAGACCGCCAUCGAGAUCAAGAAAGCAGAGCCUGUCAAGCAGCAGGGAGAGGCCAAGAAGACGAGGAAAGUCUUUGUGAUGCCCAGCCCAGACGAACAUUACUUUGCGCUUGAAAAGGCCCGGCGAGAAGAGGUGCGUGUGACCUCCCCAAAGUCUGAGUGUCGAAGUGAAGUGGAAAGUAUUUUUUUGGAUCCCAAGAGUUUCUAUUCAACCCGCAAAGGAGACGAAUCCUCUCGCUUGCUGCUUUUGAGUUUGACGAGGACCUGAAUCACUUGGUUUCACGUAAUUAACAAGCUUGGUGAGCUGGACUUCUAAGAAGACUGCUUCAUUGAAGUGCCAGACUCCUCGUCCUUGGCCUAAGAAAAGACACUCUGUGCAAUGCAAAUUGGGAGGUCAAAUUCAC